GCUUGUCGCCCUUUCCCCGAGGCCGGCAGAUGCCCGUGGUGCGGCUGCUGCGGCUCCGGGCGGCUCUGACCCUGCUCGGGGAGGUCCCCCGCCGCCCGGCCUCCCGGGGCGUCCCGGGCUCGCGCAGGACGCAGAAGAGCAGCGGAGCCAGGUGGGAGGAGGAGAAGCGCGAAGACAGGGUGAAGUGGAGACAGCUGGAGCACAAGGGCCCGUACUUCGCACCCCCAUACGAGCCCCUUCCCGAUGGAGUGUGUUUCUUCUAUGACGGAAAGCCCAUGAGAUUGAGCAUGAAAGCGGAGGAGGUUGCCACUUUUUAUGGGAGGAUGUUGGAUCAUGAAUACACAACGAAGGAGGUUUUCCGGAAGAACUUCUUUAAUGACUGGCGAAAGGAAAUGACAGUGGAAGAGAGAGAAGUCAUCAAGAGCCUGGACAAGUGUGACUUCACGGAGAUCCACAGAUACUUUGUGGACAAGGCCGCAGCCCGGAAAGCCCUGACCAGGGAGGAGAAGCAGAAGCUAAAAGAAGAGGCAGAAAAACUUCAGCAAGAGUUCGGCUACUGUAUUUUAGAUGGUCACCGAGAAAAAAUAGGCAAUUUCAAGACUGAGCCGCCUGGCUUGUUCCGUGGCCGUGGCGACCAUCCCAAGAUGGGGAUGUUGAAGAGGCGGGUCGUGCCGGAGGACGUGGUCAUCAACUGCAGCAGGGACUCGAAGAUCCCCGAGCCACCGGUGGGGCACCAGUGGAAGGAGGUGCGCUCUGAUAACACUGUCAUGUGGCUGGCAGCGUGGACCGAGAGCAUUCAGAACUCCAUCAAGUACAUCAUGCUGAACCCUUGCUCGAAGCUGAAGGGGGAGAAAGCUUGGCAGAAGUUUGAAACAGCUCGACGCCUGCGGGGAUUUGUGGAUGAGAUCCGCUCCCAGUACCGGGCUGAUUGGAAGUCUCAGGAAAUGAAGACGAGACAGCGGGCGGUGGCCCUGUAUUUCAUCGAUAAGCUGGCGCUGAGAGCGGGAAAUGAGAAGGAGGACGGUGAGGCGGCUGACACCGUGGGCUGCUGUUCCCUCCGCGUGGAGCACGUCCAGCUGCACCCGGAGGCCGACGGCUGCCAACACGUGGUGGAAUUAGACUUCCUGGGGAAGGACUCCGUCCGCUACUACAACAGAGUGCCGGUGGAGAAGCCUGUGUACAAGAACUUACAGCUCUUUAUGAAGAACAAGGCCCCCCGGGACGACCUCUUCGACAGGCUGACUACAACCAGCCUGAACAAACACCUGCAGGAGCUGAUGGACGGGCUGACGGCCAAGGUGUUCCGGACCUACAACGCCUCCAUCACUCUGCAGGAGCAGCUGCGGGCCCUGACACGUGCCGAGGACAGCAUAGCAGCCAAGAUCUUAUCUUACAACCGAGCCAACCGAGCCGUGGCCAUUCUCUGCAACCAUCAGCGAGCGACCUCCAGCGCGUUCGAGAAGUCAAUGCAGAAUCUCCAGACCAAGAUCCAGGCGAAGAAGGAGCAGGUGGCUGAGGCCAGGGCAGAGCUGAGGAAGGCAAGGGCCGAGCACAAAGCCCAAGGGGAUGGCAAGUCCAGGAGAAUACAAACUCUAUGCCUUGUGGACAAGAGUGGGACAUACGGAGCCGUGGGAGGAGGAGACCCUGGCCGCCGAGGAGCCUCUUCUCUUGCCAGUGUCCUGGAGAAGAAGAGGCGGCUCCUGGAGAAGCUGCAGGAGCAGCUGGCGUGGCUGAGUGUACAGGCCACGGACAAGGAGGAGAACAAGCAGGUGGCUCUGGGCACAUCUAAGCUCAACUACCUGGACCCCAGGAUCAGCAUUGCCUGGUGCAAGCGGUUCAGGGUGCCAGUGGAGAAGAUCUACAGCAAAACACAGCGGGAGAGGUUCGCCUGGGCUCUCGCCAUGGCAGGAGAAGACUUUGAAUUCUAAUGACGAGCUGGAGGCCUGAGGCCAGAGGAUCGCUUGAGCAGAGGUUGAGGCUGCAGUGAGCUGUGAUUGUGCCCCUGCACUCCAGCCUGGGCAACAGAGCAAGACCCCAUCUCAAAGAAAAGUCCCUGAUGCCUGCCCUGUCCUGUGAAGCACUGCCUCCACCCCCGAGCAUGGAGUCUGCUGGGCUGUCACAUCCAAUCAGCGUCUGAGCCUGGAUCCCCGGUUCCUGCUCGACGGGGGAGGAGAAACACCUUCGUGUGCUGUGAGGCUGAGCACCUUCGGCAAGGAUUCCCCAUUUGCGCACGCGCCACCCUCUCAGCAGGGGCCUGGACUCUUCACCAAGUUCUUCAGUGCCUGGUAUUCAGGAAGGGCACAGUUACUGCCUGGUCACUAAGCCCAAUGGCCCCUGUUUAGUUUUCAUCACAUCCACACUCUGUACGUAGCUCUUAUGAUGGCCUCCUGCCUCGGUUUCCUAACCCUGCAUCCUCCCAGAGCUGCCUGUCGGCUGCCCUCUCCUCUGCCACGCAGGACCCUCUGUGGCCCCCUCCUCUGCCACGCAGCACCCUCUGCCACCCUCUCGUCUGCCACGUGGGACCCUCUGCCGCUCUCUCCUCUGCCAGGCGGUGUAGGGACCAGCCUUACAGGGUCUGUGGGUUUUUCUCCGUGUGCGGAGACGAGAGAUCGUAGAAAUAAAGACACAAGACAAAGAGAUAAAAGACAGCUGGGCCCGGGGGACCACUACCACCAAGACGCGGAGACCGGUAGGGGCCCUGAAUGCCUGGCUGCGCUGUUAUUUAUUGGAUACAAGGCAAAAGAGCAGUGUCAGGAGUGUGAGUCGUCUCCCGUGAUAGGUAAGGUCAUGCAAGCCACGUGUCCACCAGACGGGGCCCUUCCCUACUUGGCAGCUGGGGCAGAGGGAGGACAGCUUAUGCCAUUAUUUCUUCUAUGCAUUUCAAAGAUUUUUAGUACUUUCACUAACUCUGCUACUGCUAUCUAGAAGGCAGACCAGGUGUACAGAGCGGAACACGAAAGUGAAACAGGAGCGUGCCCGCUGAAGCACAGCAUCACAGGGAGACGGUUAGGCCUCCAGAGCCUGCGGCUUCCAUAAGAGGUGGAGGAGUAGAGUCUUCUCUAACUCCCCCGGGGAAGGGGAGACUCCCUUUCUCGGUCUGCUAAGUAACGGGCGCCUUCCCAGGCACUGGUGCUACCGCUAGACCAAGGUCGGCUAAGUAACGGGCGCCUGCCCAGGCACUGGCAUUACCGCUAGACCAAGGAGCCCUCUAGUGGCCAUGUCCAGGCAUGACAGAGGGCUCACACACUUCUGGUCACCGCUCACUGUGUCCCUUCAGCUCCUAUCUCUGUAUGGCCUGGUUUUUCCUAGGUUAUAAUUGUAGAGCAAGGAUGAUUAUUAUAUUGGAAUAAAGAGUAAUGCUACAAAUUGAUGAUUAAUAAUAUUUAUAUAUCUAUAACCUAUUUCUAGUAUAACUUCUAUUU